GGCGCCGGGAAGGAGGCGGGCGGGCAGCAGCCGGCGCGGGGCGGGGAGCGGGGCGGGGCGGAACGGCGCUGGGGCCCGGCUGGCGGCGGCGGGCGACGGCGCGGGCCCGGAGCGGGCCAAGGCCGGUGGCCCGGGGCAGCUGGUGACCUGCCAGGAUGGCCGUGCUGGGAGGCUACUGUGAGGGCAACAACUCCAUCACCCAGGCCUGGGUCCAGGAGGGCUUCCAGCCCUGCUUCUUCUUCACACUGGUGCCAUCCGUGCUGCUGAGCGUCUGCCUGUUGCUGGGUGCCCUGCAGUAUGCCUGCUACGCCCGCUUCAGCCGUGCCAUGGAGCCCAAGUACAUUCCCCGCUCUCGCCUGUACUGCGGCCAGGUCCUGCUGUCCCUGUUCCUGGCCCUGCAGCCCUUUGCUGGGCUGCUGUGGCAAGGAGUGGGGCUGAGACAGCUCUAUGGGUAUAUGUUGCUGCACGCCUGCCUCUGGGCCCUCAGCUGGGGCUGUGCCAUUGCCCUCCUGCAGCUGGAGCAUACCCGCGUGCUGGCCCAUGACCGAACACGGGGCCAUGGCACUGUCCUCCUCCUCUUUUGGGCACUAGCCUUUGCUGCUGAGAACCUGACCCUGGUGUGCUGGAGGAGCCCUCUGUGGUGGUGGGCACUGGAGGACACCAACCAGAAGGUGCAGUUUGGUUUCUGGCUGCUGCGUUACAUCUGCACAUUCAUGCUCUUCAUCCUGGGCAUGAAGGCCCCAGGGCUGCCCCGCAAACCCUACAUGCUGCUAAUCAAUGAGGAGGAGCGGGACGUGGAAAACAGCCAGCCACUCCUGACUGAUGCCAGCAGGACCACCUCCACCUGGAAGGAUUUCCGGAGGAAACUGCGGCUGCUGGUGCCAUACAUGUGGCCGAAGGGCAACCACCUGCUGCAGGCACUGGUGCUGUUCUGCAUGGCACUCAUGGGGCUGGAGCGGGCCAUCAAUGUCUUCGUCCCCAUCUACUACAAGAACAUUGUGAAUGAGCUGACAGUGGGCGCUCCCUGGCACACCCUGGCUUGGACUGUCUGCAGCUAUGUGGGGCUGAAGUUCUUGCAAGGUGGAGGUGCUGGCUCCACUGGCUUUGUGAGCAACCUGCGCACCUUCCUGUGGGUGUGGGUGCAGCAGUUCACCAACCGGCAGGUGCAGGUGCAGCUCUUUGCCCACCUGCACGGGCUGUCCCUGCGUUGGCACCUGGGGCGUCGCACUGGUGAGGUGCUGCGUAGCGUGGACAGGGGCACCAGCAGCAUCAACAGCCUGCUCAGCUACAUCGUCUUCAGCAUUUUCCCCACCAUUGCGGAUAUUGUCAUCAGCAUAGUUUACUUCACCUCGGUCUUCAGCGCUUGGUUUGGUCUCAUCAUCUUCGUGUGUAUGAGCCUGUACCUGACUCUGACCAUCUUCAUCACUGAGUGGAGAACCAAGUACCGUCGGGACAUGAACACACGGGACAAUGAGGCCAAGUCCCGGGCGGUGGACUCGCUCCUCAAUUUUGAGACGGUGAAGUACUACAAUGCAGAGAGCUAUGAGGUGAACCGCUUUAACGAUGCCAUUGUCAAGUACCAGGUCUCGGAAUGGAAGGUCAGUGCCUCGCUGGGCCUCCUCAACCAGACCCAGAACCUGGUCAUUGGCCUAGGACUGCUGGCAGGGUCCCUGCUCUGUGCCUACUAUGUCACUGAAAACAAGCUGCAGGUGGGGGAUUUUGUCCUCUUUGGCAGCUACAUAAUCCAGCUCUACACGCCGCUCAACUGGUUCGGGACUUACUACAGGAUGAUCCAGAACUCCUUUGUGGACAUGGAAAACAUGUUUGAGCUCUUUCACGAGGAGCAAGAGGUGAAGGAUGUGGUGAACGCCAGCGACCUGUGCUUGGAGGCUGGGCAGAUUGAGUUUGAGAACGUGCACUUCAGCUACGUGGAUGGGAAGGAAAUCCUGCAGGACAUCUCUUUCUCUGUGAUGCCUGGGCAGACCUUGGCUCUGGUGGGACCUUCAGGCUCUGGAAAGAGCACCAUCAUCCGUCUGCUCUUCCGCUUCUACGAUGUACAGGGUGGCUGCAUCCGUAUUGAUGGGCAGGACAUCUCCCAGGUGAAGCAGGCUUCGCUGCGUGCUCACGUUGGGGUGGUGCCCCAGGACACGGUGCUCUUCAACGACACCAUCGCCAACAAUAUCCGCUAUGGACGGAUCCUGGCCACUGACCAGGAGGUACAGGAGGCAGCCAGGGCUGCUGACAUCCAUGACCGCAUCCUUUCUUUUCCUGAUGGAUACAACACCCAGGUGGGGGAGCGGGGGCUGAAGCUGAGUGGGGGCGAGAAGCAGCGCGUCGCCAUUGCACGCACCAUCCUGAAGGGUCCCCACAUCAUCCUGCUGGAUGAGGCCACGUCUGCACUUGACACAGAGACUGAGAGGAACAUCCAGGCUUCUCUGGCCAAGGUCUGUGCCCACCGCACCACCAUCGUUGUUGCACACAGGCUCUCCACUGUGGUAGGUGCAGACCAGAUCCUGGUGCUUAAGGAUGGGCACAUUGUGGAGCGAGGGAGGCAUGAGGAGCUGCUGCAGAAGGGUGGUGUGUACGCUGGCAUGUGGCUGCAGCAGCAGACUGGGGACGAGGGUGAGAGCAAGGAGCACCGCACUGAGAAGCCUCAGGGUAGCAAGAAAGCGUCGUGAACAUGACCAGGA